GUCUGGGGUCCGAGGUCAGGGGUCAUAGAAGGAUUUGAGCCAAGGUCGUGGUUUUAAAGUCGUCUAGGAUUAGAGGUUAACUAGUCGGGUUGAGACGAACGGGUCAAAGGUACUGAGGUCAGGGGAGUGACGUCAAGGCCAUCAUUAGGGAGUGGGACCAAGUUUGUGGAGUUAGGGGCUUCGGUCUGAGGUCAAAAUGAGGCAUCACCCAUUUCCCCCAUCUACUGGGUCAUUCCCGCUAGCGGGCCGGCUUCCACCCUCUAAAUAAAACAAACCCCCAAAUCACUGUUCCUCUAAUGCUAGAGUCGGCGUAUCACUAUUUUGCGCCUUUAUUGGAAUAUUUAGUGGGUCAGACAAGACUCUUCGUGGGCUCCUAACUUGUCAACAUGAGGGACAGGCCACUUCAGGGUCUCGUGGAAGCACACACCUCCAGCCAGGAGGUCACUUGCCGAAAGGUGGAACCCAAAUCUGAUCAGACAGAUUACUUCUGAGUUACGGGAAAUACAGGGACUGCUGUCACAGCGCUGCUCGGCCCCAUCAUCAACCUCCAGGGGGUUGGGAAGUCCACCGACGACCCUGUUUCUCUGAGUGAAUUCCAAGAAGAGAGAAGGAGGGAGAGGGACAUCAAGGGGAAAUCUUCAGAUAUCAUCAACCAGUUGCAAGUUCAGCAAUGUCACCUUCUUCAUAUUUGGGCCUCUCAUGAUGUUUCUGAUGCACCCCUAUGCCCAGAAACGCUCCCGCUACUCUUAUGUCACCUUUAUCCUCUUCAUGGUUGUAGGCCUCUUCUCCACGUACUUCCACAUGACCCUCAGCUUCCUGGGCCAGCUGCUGGAUGAGAUCUCUAUUCUGUGGCUACUGGCCAGUGGUUACAGUAUAUGGAUGCCCCGCUGCUACUUUCCCACCUUCCUGGGGGAGAACAGGUCCCGGUUCAUCUGCUUCAUCGUUGCCACCACCGUGGUCAGCACCCUCCUGUCUUUCCUGAGGCCCAUGGUCAACGCAUAUGCCCUCAACAGCAUCGCCGCGCACAUCCUCUACAUCGUUUUCCACGAGUACAAGAAGACGAACAAUAAGGAGCUUCGGCAUUUAAUGGAGGUCUCCGUGGUUCUGUGGGCUUUUGCGUUGACCAGCUGGAUCAGCGACCGCUUGCUCUGCAGUUUCUGGCAGCAGAUUAAUUUCUUCUACAUGCACAGCAUCUGGCACGUGCUCAUCAGCAUCACCUUCCCCUAUGGCAUAGCCACCAUGGCCAUGGUGGAUGCCAGGUACGAGAUGCCAGACCAAACCCUCAAAGUCCGCUACUGGCCUCGGGACACUUGGCCCGUGGGGCUGCCCUACGUGGAAGUCAGCGCUGAUGACAAGGCCUGCUGAGGUCUGCUGGCUUCUCGACUACCGAGCCACCUGGCCACUCCCCUGAGGGGCCUGGAUCGGGAGUCUGAGAGGCACUCAGAAUUCCCUCCUCCAGCUCGCUUUCCCCGUGUCCUCCUUGUCCUGUGCGGCAGGGCCUGGGCUUUGUGACCCCUCUGUGCAGCACACCAGUGAGCCCGGGGGCUGCCUGCCAGAGCUCCCUUCCCUGACCGGGCCCUGUUCUCUUCCAUUUCCCUCUUUGUGUUCCGGGCUUCCCCACUGGGACAUGACCUAGGGGGCUGGACCUGGCCUCUCCUGGGAAUGACCUCAGGCUGGGGCUUGGUCCCCAGCCACCUAACAGACAGUGGCGGUCACUACCAGACUCUUUGGACCUGCCUUUGGCCGUGCAAUGUCCCUCAUACUUAGGGGGCAUCCCAGAGAUUGGAUCUAUUUUUCUGUCACCUCAUUCUACACUCACAUGUGUGCAGAGACCUCACAGCCCCUCACACAUGCUCACACAUGUGCCCACACAGAUUUGUGGUACUGACUCACUGGUGGACAGAGGAGCGACACGGAGGCCCAGACUGGGUGAUCUGGGUGCUGUCAGAGCAUGGGCAUCAGGAUGGGAGCUGGGGUCCCCAGUUCUGCCUCUCAAAUUGGGGAGAAAAGGGAAGGAUGGUUUCCAUGGUGGUUAAAAGCACAGGGCUUGGUGUCAGGCAGACCUAAGUUUGAAUUCUGCCCACCAUUUCCUAUUUGUCUAAUAUGGAAAGUGAUUUUUCCUUACUCUGAAGCUCACACACCUUGUCGGAAAAAUGGAAAUAUUCCUUUGUUCAUGGGAUUUCUGUAUGGAUAAAACAAGAUAAUGUGUGUAAAGUGCUUAAUAUGGAGUCUGGCAAACAUCCAUCCAUCUACUAACCUUUAGUUUAUCCAUCUAUCCAUCCAUCUACCCACCCAUCCAUCCAUCCCACCCCUCCACCCAUCCAUCCAUUUUUUGAACUAUCCAUUUAUCCUUUAAUUUACACAUUCAUUAAUUUAUCCAUUAAUUCCUUUAUACUUUUCAUCUUUUUAUCUACCUGUACAUUCACUAAGGUGUCCAUCCAUCCAUUGAACCACCCAUUCAUCUAUCCAUCCAUCGACCCAUUUAUUCAUUACUCACCCAUCAUCCAUCACUCAUUAUCCCUCCCUCCAUCCAUUUAUCCUGUUACCCAUCCCCCACCCAUCCAUCUGUCUAUACUUAGCCAUCCAUUUAUAUUGAUUUAUCCAUCCAGAUCAUUCAGUCAUUCUAUCCAUCCAUUUAUACAGUUAUAUAUCUACCCUCCCAUCCAUCCAUCCAUAGCCAUCUAUCGUAUCCAUUAAUAUAUUUUCCCACCUAAUCAUGCAUUCAUUCAUCUCUUCAAUAAAUGUAUAUUGAGUUAUUA